UCCCCUUUGCUUUGAGGUAAAAUCAGACUGCUAAAUUAUUAUGCAUUCUCAUUCUCCUUCUUCAUUCAUAUUGUGACGACGAGCGAGGAGAUUAUUGAAUUCUAGCCAAAAUGUUCAUUCAACCUCCUUUCAAGAUCUUAGAGAUCAAUGUGAUUUCUGCCCAAGACCUUCCUCCCGUCUCGAAAAUGUUACGUACUUUUGCAGUUGCAUAUAUACAUAAUAAUGACCAUAGAUUAACAACUAGGGUGGAUCAUCAAGGUAAAACAAACCCUACAUGGAAUUAUAAGAUGAUUUUUCGUGUGGAUGACAAGUUUCUUAAUUCAGAAUCUCCUUCUGUAAUGUUUGAGAUCUACAACAUUGCAUGGUUACGCGAUCUCCCUAUUGGCACAACACAACUUAUGAUAAAUAGUUUUUUUCCUCCUCUUUCAUCCAAUAAUCCAACCAUGAGAUCAACUACGCUUCAUAUUCGUCGUCCAAGUGGUCAUUUACAAGGGCUCCUUCAUGUUAGUGUUCAAUUAAUUGACACUACCCCUCCAGAAAUCCUCUGUUCGGAAAGUGAAUUGAUCAACUCAAUAUGUACAACCGACGUUUCAUCAUCAAAAGAUGAAAGAAGAAAUAAUUGUUAUGAUGAAAAGAAUGACAAUACCUCGAUUAUUUCUGACACGCUAUAUGAAGAAGAAAUUACCAAGAAUACUCAUGAUAGGGGAAUGUUACAACGUUUACGUAGUAAACGUUUAAUGUCUAAUAGCAAUUCAGGUUUAUUAUCUCCAAAUCAAAAGAUGAGAAGGACAUCAACAGCAGUGUCAUUUUGCUCAGGGGUGCAACCAAUACCAUCAUUAGUGGCAGAGGAUAUGAAGAAAGGAUUGUACCAAACAGGGGAAGGAAUAGAUUAUGGAAGUUGUAUAUUUGAAAAUUGGACUAUACAAGGUGAAAAAGAUGAUGAAAUCCAAUCGAUGCGAUCAAAAAGCUUGACAUGGGGCUCAGAUGAUCAAGUUCACGUGCAAGAACUCGUUGAGAUUAAAAAGAAACCGCGAAGAAGAAGACAUGAUACGGAAAGAGGAGGAUUAUUUUCAUGUUUUGGCAAAGCAUAUGGUUUUGAAUUCAAACUUAUUUGUGGAUCAAAAAGCCCCAAAAAGAAGAAAGACAAGAAACAUGAACGCCAUAAAAGCCUUCCUUAUAAUAAUAAUAAUAACCAUUAUGAUGAUAACUUACACAGGUUUUACAUAUAAUUAUUCAUUUUUUUAAAUUUUUGUUGACAGUAAUUCUGAUUCUUAUGGCAAUGUCAAAAUGGUUUAGAGUACUCACAAAUUGUACCAACAUAUAAUAGAAGGAAUGAAGUAAAAGUCUCUCUAGACAUAAUACCCAUACAUAUAUAUAUAUAUUAGUUUGUUUAUA